AUGAAAUUUCUCUCUGAAAUCUAUGCGAUUCUCUUAUGUUUCAUUCAUCUUUCUCAAUCAAGAACUCCGAAUAUUCUAAUAUUCCUUGUGGAUGAUUUAGGCUAUGGAGAUUUAGGUUGUUAUGGAAAUUCAACCAUUGACUCUCCACAUAUUGAUUCAUUAGCACGUGAUGGUGCACGAUAUACACAAAUGUAUUCAGCAGCUCCAAUAUGUACACCAUCUCGUGGAGGAUUUCUAACAGGACGUUAUCCAAUUCGUUUAGGCUUAACCUCAAACGAUAAUCGAUUUCGGACAUUCAAUUCUCCAGGUCAACCGGGUGGCUUGCCACACGAUGAGACGACUAUUGCUGAAGUUGCUCAACAAGUCGGUUACCGUACUGGUUUAGUCGGAAAAUGGCAUUUGGGUUUGGGGCGAGAUGGCGAACAUUUACCAACGCGUCAUGGUUUUGACACAUUCUUCGGCAUGCCUGUAACCAAUGUUCAGACAUGUGGAAAUAAAAAGAUCUACAAUUUAAUCGGCGGUCAUGGGCAAGUUCUCGAACGAUCUUUCCUAACAUAUUGGCUUGCAUUGACUGGCAAAGCGUGGCUAGCAUUUAUUGGUAUCGCGCUGACAACAUGGCUAUUGUAUUCUCGCAAGCUGGCUCUGAUGAUAUUAUUUUGCGGUGCUACUGGGUUUUUCGGUGGGAUGUGGUACACACUUUCGUUUACAUUGCUUAGUCGUUCUUCAUGUUUGCUGUAUCAAAACGAAACCAUCAUUGAGCAGCCUGUACGUCUCGCUGAUUUGACACUUCGUAAUACAAAUCAAGCAAUCGCAUUUAUGAAUGAAACCAAUCUCAAUCAUAAAAAGCCAUUCUUUCUCUACAUGGCAUACAUCAAAGUGCACACAGCAUUGUUUACUUUGCCUGAAAAUGCCGGACGCAGCCGUCAUGGUGCUUAUGGUGAUAAUGUUGAAGAAUUGGAUUGGAGCGUUGGGCAGAUUCUUCAAGCGUUGAAAAAUCUGAAUAUUGAAAACGAUACUUUGGUUUUCUUUUCUUCUGACAAUGGGCCGUUUCUUGAACGCGGCAUCGAAGCUGGCUUUUGCGGACGUGCUGUAACAGUAACGGGUCAACUGAGUGAACCAUUACGGGGUGCCAAAGGACAGACAUGGGAAUGUGGCAUUCGUGUACCUGGUAUAAUUCGUUGGCCAGGACAUGUCAUUGCUAAUCAGACCAUUGGCCAUGUUUCUUCUCUACUAGAUUUUUAUCCCUCACUGUUGGAUUUAUGGAAUUUGAAAUCGGAUGCGAAUCGUCCUCUCGACGGUACCAGUUUGUGGCCACAAUUGGAAUUGGCAACUUCUUUAACAUCAUCAUCGUCGUCCUCAUCAAAUGAACGAAAUACUUUGUUUCAUUAUUGUGGUUCGACUGUAACAGCUAUACGCCAAGGUAAGUAUAAAGCACACUAUUGGACUCCAAAAUGGGAUGAAGACCUUCGUGCUUGUCCUAGUGUGACCAUAUGUCCAUGUCUUAGUACACAACAUUCGCCUCCAUUACUAUUCGAUAUUGAAGCGGAUCCUGCCGAAGAGUCACCGUUAGAUGUUGAAAAAUAUUCUACUAUUUUAUCGAGUAUGGAUCUUGCCUUGCAGGAACAUCAAGCCACGUUGAUUUCUGUCCCGAAUCAACUUGAGAAAUUGGCACAGCCAUGGUUAUUUCCUUGUUGUAAAUCAAAAGGAUGGACACGUGCCAUACGUUUAAUUACGAACUCUUGUCAAUGUUGA